AUGGCUCCAAUCCUCAUCACUGGCGCCACGGGGUCCACUGGACGCGCUACAAUCAAGCAUCUGUUGCAGAAAGGUCUUGCUGUCCGUGCGCUUGUUCACAAGGAAGACGAUCGCUCGCGCCAGCUUGAAGCUCAAGGCGCCGAAGUCGUCGUUGGGGAUCUCCUUGAUUUGCGCUCAGUGCGACGUGCAUUCGAGGGCAUCAAAAGAGCUUAUUUUGUGUAUCCUGUACGGCCAGGGUUAAUCGAUGCCAGUGCCAUUUUUGCUCAGGCAGCUACAGAAGCCAAAGCAGAAUUCAUCGUCAACAUGUCCCAGAUCACAGCGAGACCAGACGCCCCUAGCAAUGCUGCCCUUAACCACUGGCUUGCGGAAGACGAAGAUCGCUUUGCUGUUCCAUUUAGUCCAUCUGGAAAAUUUGCCUCAGUCUCCACCAAGGAUCUCGGAGAGUUCACCGCCACGUUGCUUGAGAACCCUGCCGGCCAUGCAGGACAGACAUACCCUCUCUUCGGCCCUACAGAGUUGACGCCGUCCGAGAUUGCCAGUGUUCUGUCGAAGCACCUUGGAAGAGAAAUUCGCUACGAAAAAGUCAGUGCUAGUGUAUUAAUUCGGUCUUUUACGGGCAUUGAAAUCCCGUACCUGGAGCAACAUUUCGACGCAGCAACCGGAAUGCAUCAUGAUGGACUUUUGGCUGGUACCAACGAUUGGUUUGAGAAGAUUAUCGGUCACCCAUCGCAGAGCUUGGAAGAAUUUGUGGAGGAAAACAAGUCGGUGUGGGAGAAGAAGUAA